GAGCUCCUGGCCGCCGGUGGGCGGGACCUCUGGGGCCGACAGCGGAUUGGUCCUGGCCUCCAGGUGACGCAAUGGCGGUGACGUGGCGGUGGGGCGGGAUUGGCAACCGCCGUGUGAAGGGGAAAGGCGCGGCGGGACAACGAGAACAGGGCGAUGAGAUGAGAUGAGAUGAGGUUUUAGCUGUACAAAUUCUUCAUCACGUUAAUUGAAAAUGCAGUUUUCCACGUGGAUCUCUGUGAGAGUUAAAGGGGCGGAGAUAAGGUUUUGACUGGCUCGCACUACCCACCUAUCCCAGAACGUGUUGUGUAUUUUACCAGACGAAGUCUGCUCGAAGACGCCCGCCAAGAGAUCCUGAGAAUCGGCCCGUGGAAGCGCCGAAAUUUAGCACAGUUCGGAGUCAAGUUCCCAAUUCUCCGCAAGUCUGGUGUUAGCUUAACCACUCGUCGAAAAUAAAUCCGACGAAGGGACGAAACGAAGCAUAUACAAGCAUUAUUACAAAACGGAUAUCUGGAAUAUAACCUUCAGGGGCAUUAUUGCCGUUGACUGGAUUUCAUAGGUCAACAACUUUAUUGACUUGGGUGCAUUAAAUUAGAACGGGAAGCAAGAAUUGGAGAAAAAUGGCUGCAAUGGAUAACGACGCUUCAUGAACUAUAAUUUUAUCUCGCAUUUGACUCGUUGCUUAACAUUAUGCUGAAGGUCUAGGCUCCGGCUUUGAAGAAUUAAUUUGGCUUUUAUGGCAGAGAGCUGAAGACUGCUCGCCCAGCGCUAAUAUCCAAGAAUUCCAGUGUACCCGUGUUGUCGUCACUUAAAUUUGGAAAAUGCCAAUCCUGAAACAGCUAGUGGCCAGCUCCAGCCAGUCUAAACGCCGCUCCCGUGUGGACUUGACUGCAGAUAUGAUCAGUGCACCCCUAGGAGAUUUCCGCCACACAAUGCACGUGGGUCGUGGAGGUGAUGUAUUUGGAGACACUUCGUUCCUUUCGAGCAAGGUUGGAGCUACAGCUUCUGCUCCUGCUGAAGCAACCCCUAAACCAGGUUUGCUCUCUCGGAAGUUCAGAAGCAGCAGCAAGAGAUCUCAGUCAGUAACACGUGUUGAUAAGCAAGAUGUACUGACGCAAAGUGAUUCUGCUAUCUUUGUGAAAAAUGCAGUAUCUCUUCCUCAGCUAAAUGAAAAGUCUGAGGAACCUAGUAAUCAACUGGCUAAGAGUCUUUCAUCAAGCCCUUUAAAGAAGCUUGCGGAUGAAAAUAUGGAAAAUAAACCCGUUAAUGGGGCUGCCAGUUUGGUUGAAAAUAAAUCCACAGAGUAUCAAGAUGAGAGAGAUUUUGGAGACAUCACAGACCUUCCUACUUCACUCUCCAGUGGUGGGUUUCCACUAAAACAUGCUGAAUCCAUCAUGUCCUUCCAUGUUGAUCUUGGUCCUUCGAUGCUUGGUGAUAUUUUAAGUGUUAUGGAGAAAGAUACCUGGGAAAGUAGUAAUCUUGGUUUGGGCGAUGCCAAGGAAGGUGAAAGUUUGCAUUCACAGAAGAUGACGACAGAAAAGUUUGUGGGAGAUCCCUCGAGGGCAACAACUGCUUUGGCAAGUACUGUUAAAAGUAUUGCAUAUAGCCCAGGUUCUGCAAAUUGUUUAUCACAAGGCACUGGCUCUGUGUCAAGUUUGGCAUCUGGGACAACUGAAGACAUGCAUUCAGUUUAUGAAGGAGUUAGUCACGGAAAUACAGACUGCAUGAAAGAUAUAGAUGAAUCGACAGAUGGCCUCGGAGAGGAAGGGAAUGAAGGUGAAGAAUUUACCUUCAUGGAUGAAGAGGAUGAAAUCCGUGUGUAAAACUGCCCUUCAAAAUGAUUUGAGUUAAUGAGCAAGAUGAAUUUGCCUGAUCUAGCAUUUGUUGAUGUAAUGAAGCACGGCAGGAUUGCACUAGACUUCGCACCACAGACUCUUCUUCCGGUAAUAGAAGCUGUAACCAAAAUUCUCCAAUGCACACGGACUAGCAGUGUCUGCAGAUACUCAUCAUGACUAGUUGCUUGUUUUGGUUUACACAAAUAAACUAUGUAAAAUGCACAUCCCAUACAGUGCAAGUAAUGUAUGUACUAUCUUUUGUAGAUCGUGCAUUACCAUUAUUGAUCUUGUAUUAUAAUUGUUGACUAGAUGGUGAGAUGAAAAAUGGCUUGCCUCAAAAUAUGUAAUUUGUCUACUUUUUGUUUCAGUAGUCUGCCUUGCCUUUAGAACCCUGGUUUAAGGUGCUCUCACAUUUUCAAUUACCAAUACCUUCCUUCCUCCCAGUCAUUGUAUGCAAUGCAUGUUCAAUGGUCUGUUCUAUUGAACAGCAGAUUCAACAUUAUCACCUGCUGUGCAAUACACAACCAGGUGGUGUUCAGAAUAAAUGUGUCCUUGAGACUUAUCAUCAAAAAUGUAAUGGUUGAUGACCAUUUUAGCCAAGUUAUUUAAAUGAAAAUGGAUCAACUUGUCAUUCAUUGAUUAAAAUCAUUCCUGUUAUACCUCCUGCAAUGUUUUAAUACUAAGCAUUCGUAUUGGUCAAGCAUCCAUUCCAUGGGUAUAUUUUACAAGUGCUUCAUUAACUGCAGCAUUUAUGUGACUUCCUGAGGUCAAUGAUGCCAUGUAAAUUAAUGGUUAUUUAUUCAUUAAUGAGGAGAACCCCCUUCUGAUGCAUUUCUAAGAUUAAUUUGAUUUCCUGCCAAUUGUUUUGUAGUGUACAAUUCUUCAAGUAUUUGAUACAUUGCUCUCUUUAAGUGCCACCUCUCACCAGGUAAAUUCUUAUGGCCGUGAUUUUCACUUUCCACUGGGAUUUUAUAUCCAAGGAACAUAUUGGCCAGUUUCUGGAAUUGAGUAAGUGGGAGGAUUUUUUUACAUCUUUUGCCAGGACAUAAAUUUAAGUCAAGAGUUCACUUGUUUUAAAGGCAAGUUUACGACUUAGGACAUUGGGCUUUUCUAUACUUCAACCAAAAUCUUUGAGAUGAAAAGCAAAGUAUUUGUGUGUGUGUGUGUAUAAUAUAACUGAUCAUACAUGGGAAACCUUUAAGUUGUGUACCUGAAUUGUUCCUUUGCAUUUUGCAGAUGAAUUUACAAGUAGAAAGUAUGGUAUAUUGUAGAUGCAAUUUUUAGUAUUAAUAUAUAAAUAGUCUCAUUAAAUGGUGAAUCUGGAUCCUAUAAAAUAUUUAGUAAUGCAGGCAUUGAAUUGAAUUUAGAUGGCUGACUUGGAACAAAAACUUUAAAUGCAAGGUAACAUAAUGAAAAUGCAGGUAUGUUAUUUUCCACUACCUAGAGUGGUUACUGACAUCUAAAAGAAUGACAUUGUGGCAACCUAUUUGUGUAGAAAGAAAAACACUAACCAGUAGUUCAGCACUGAUUUCAAUCAAUUUUCGUUUAAUUUUGCACUUUUUAGAACAUUUGAAGUCAAUUGAAAUGCCUUGCAGGAAUGAGCAUUUGGAAAUCUGGAUACGUCACCAGCUACCCUAGUCCCAGCAAGAUCGAGAUAUGUAAUUUUAGAAUGGAACAAAAUAUAACAAGCAGUGCUUUUGUCUGUAAUAUGCAGGUGUCUACAUAAUAAGUACAAUUCAGGCAUCGAUUAUAUCUUCUGAGCUUGUUAUGAUAUAAUAGUUGCUUAUGUGGACUGUUGGAAGCAGUCCCCAAAAAUGCUUUAGGUACAUUGUUCUAAUCUGUAGAGUAAAAAAAAACAUGCGGAUAUGCAGGCUCUCAAAAAAUCUUCUCUGAUCCUUGUACAAGUUUGGCACCCAACCACUGUCGCUGCCAGUAGAUCGCUGGAUCAGUGUGGUUUGGUCUGAUCUCGAGUAACCAAGGGCAAGCAUUCCAAUUGCAGUAGUUAAGACCCAUCUGACCAAAUUGGUCAAACAAUUCACUAGUUAAUGACAAGCACCAUGGAAUUUUGAAAUGUUAUUAACUUGGCAUUGCAUAGUUGGGAAUCCCACCCUUUGUUGUUGUGAUAUCUUCCUGUUUGCAGUGGUGAAUUAAAUUAAUUCAUCUAUAGAUAACAUUAAUACCUUCCAUAUCUAAACUUCCUUGGCACUACAGUAAUGAAAAGUAGUUUACCUUAAUGCUCAUCAAAAUUGAUCUUUUAUCAUCCUGCAUUGUGAAAAGCGCCCCAAUGGAAUAUUAAUGUUGUCAUGUGUAACAUGCUAAAACAUUAAAGAUUCCUGAAGGUGGCAGCUUGAAGAGUGCUUUGUGCAUUUUACACUGCUUUCAUUAUAUUGCAGUUAAAAGCAAUCUGGGUUGAGAAUAGAUUUUUAUUCAGUGGCUAGGUGUGGUGGCGCACAAUACGCUGCUUUAAUCUUUUUUUAUCAUUUGAUUAUUUAUACCAUUUGAGCUGUGUUGGGUGAAGGCCUCUGAAUGUUGGGCUGUAAGAGGCAGGUUGAGAGAAAGCUGUGUAGCAGUGCAGUUGCGCUGAUGUUUGUAAACAAGUGUUUUUCUAGUCAUUUUGCCUGCUUUUGAAUGGUACAAUGUAAAAUUUUGAUCAGUGCUUUAUUUUGUUCACUCAGCCAUGUUAGACAAUGGUCAGUUUCAAGCUGGUAGCUGUGCCAACAGCUGGUGUGUUGCAUUGACUGCAUGCAAAAUAGGAAAUGUGAAGGUUAACAGUUACUUUUGGGCAACUACCCAGAUAUUGACACUAAUUUGUUUCUUGACGAGUUGAGAUCAGAUUAUUUGAUUCGAUGCUCACUGUAUACAUUGUAAUUUAGCUUCCAUCUUAAAAUACAUUUCAUUUGUGUUUUUGAAAAUCUGUUUGCAUAAGCCAGAACGUUCUGUUCCAUUAUCCCAGCUGCAGAAAAUUCAAGUUAUUUAAUUUCAUGUCUUGUUUAAAAUAUAAUUUGUCCAACUUCAGAUGUGGCUUGUACAAUAUACAGUUUUUUGUAACCAAAUGAACCCAGCAAAAAAGUUUUUAUCCUGUACAUGUAUGUUUGUCUGAUUUUAAAAUUCUGUGCAAAUCUUUAACUGUAAAGUCAAAGGAAACUGCUGGCGAUCUGAAUUAUAAAAUGCUGGCAGUCCUCAGCAAGUAGUUCUGAUGGGGUUUGCUGUUUUGGUCGUGUACUGUUCAGAGCAUGCUAAUGCAUGGAUAAAGACUGCUUUUUUUACACUGUGUGUAGGGUGGCCUCACAGGUACAGCUGCUGAGAAACACAAUAGGGUUGGAUAGAAGAGACAUCAUUGGAAUAUUUUUACUAUCAAUAACAUAGUUGGUUUGGGGAAAAUUGAGCAGAAAACAAAUUUAGAAAAUACAACAAAGAUUUUGCAUUGUUAACAAAUGGGGCCCAUAAUGUAAUGCACAAAUAAUUUGAAAGUUACCACUAAAGUGAUUUUGUAAAAAAAAAAAUGCACAUGACCUAUUUUGCUAGUAAUAUUUUAAUCCAAUUGUGUGCCAAAUAUUUAAAGAAAACUUAAUUGCUAAGCAAAGCCGUAGUUAUGAAGUGCUCUCUUCUAUAUUCUGUCAAUCAUACUUAAAUACAGAGGUAUUACAUAGUAUGUGUGUACAUAUUGACUCUGUGUACGGUUUUCUAUGUAAAAUUGAAUGUAAAUAAACUGACAUUUUAAAGGUUUUAUUUUUGAAAUGCAUUGGUACUAAAACCCAAGUAGUACUAUCACUGACUUUAUGAAACACUAUCUAAUAUUUUAACAUGUUUUGUCACAUCAGUGUAGUAAUCUUCAAUAGUUUGAUUCAUCCAAUUAUUUUUAGUUAAUAAACUGCCAGCAUAUUGGUUUA